AUGGCCACCGCCCCAACACCUGGCCAGGAUGGCUCACAGCAAGCCCCGAGCCGGAUCCAGGACACUUCUUUGGGGGCAGAAAAACUCUCGGCUGAUGUCUUAUCCUCAUCACCUGCUGCUGGUCCCGCCGUCAAAGGCCCCCCUCCUGAGAAGCCCUCCAAUGUGCGCCGUCGCUCUCUCGUCAUCCUCUCCUUUUGGGCCAUUGUGUUGUGCCUCGGCUUGCCAAUAUGGUGGUUAACGACAACAAUAUACCGGGCCCCUUUACCGUUAGAUACGAUGCUUCGAUGGGCCGACGGCAAGGCAUGUCGUCCGGUCUUCCCCUUGCAUAUAUCUGUCGAGGCCUCCUCUCUCCAGGAGCAGGAGGCCCAAAAUCUUCUUCGCCUCACCCAACAUGCUCUCGAUGACCUGAAUGAUGUCGCCAGUCAUCAUCUCCGGUUACAACUCGCUCCACGAGAUAAUGCCCCGACGGCUCCCGAUGGCGACGCCGACCCCGACGACAAAUCACCCGUCGUAUUGACGGUUCGCCUAACCCCCGGCCAAUCUACCCAGGCGUCGCUGCAUCCUCACUCUCCAAUUCUCGACAUUACUUACCCCCCUACCGCCAUCCCGUCACCCACGUCGUCAUCAUCCUCCCUCGCUUCGUAUAUUGCCAACGAGCUACUUUCCACCUAUGCCGAGGAGCGAACUAUCAUCUCCUACCUUCUCUCCAAGUUUCCGGCAGCUUCCGAGCCGCGACCUAACGGGCUAUCGGCCGAGGCUGCGGAAUCCCUGUCCAAACGCACCACACGGUCUCUACGAUAUUCUCCCACAUACCACCUUACGUUCUCCCUCUUUACCAGCGGCGCUGUGCCGAACACCUGGGAUAUCGAGAGGGCCAUCCAGGACUACAUGCAGCCUUUGCUAGAUGUCCUUGGCCCUGUUCAUAACUUCACGAUGGAUACUCAGAUUCAGCUCUACGCGACUCCUGGCGCACAAUCCGAUGUGCUUAGCAAGGAUGACUUGGCAUCAUUCAUCAAUGCCGCCGAAUGGCCUCUAUCGCCUUCAAUUGGCGGAGCCCCGACCAUCAACUUCCUCCUCUUCAUCGGCAACCAGACCGUUGGCCUGGAUUCGGCCUCGGUCCCGGACACGACUUCAGAAGCUGCGCACUCGUGGCUGAUCCCAAAAUGGGGAACCGUCUACCUCCAACCCCUAUCCCCAUCGGCCUCGCACGUAACUAGCUCCGACCUGAAGCAGCCUAUGCUGACGUUUGCUGGGCACCUCCUCUCCCUUCUCGGAACCCCGGAGACCGGGUCACUCCCACUUCGGCUCUCGACGUUGGGGCGAAUCCGAUCCGCCGACCUCCUGCUGCGGGCAUCUUCGACACUGGGCUCCCUGGCACGACUGUCCAGGGCACUGCCGUCGAUUUCGAUCCCGCGAAGCGUCGCGGACGGGGUAGCCAAGACGAUACACCACCUGGAGCUCGCGUGUACCCACCUCGGCGACCUGGAAGGAUUGGUGCACGCUCGCAUCGCCGAGGCUGAAGCCGAACGGGCUUUCUUCGAAAAGAGCAUGGUUGGCCAGCUCUACUUCCCCGACGAACACAAAGUCGCCGUCUACCUCCCACUUUUAGGGCCAAUUGGCGUACCAUUGGUGAUGGGCCUCAUCAACGAGAUAAAGGCGUGGAGGAAGAGGAGAAGAGAGAGGGCGGCAGCGGCAGAAAAGAAAGAUCUGUAGACUUGGACGAGAAACAUAACAAGAAGGUACACUGAAGCAGAAAUAGAAUGGAGAACCAUUUGAGUCCUGAACCGAGUUUGAGCUUCUCGAUUCAUGUCUAGGUACCUUAAGGUGUACGGUACUAUCAACUGAAGUUAUCUACUCCGUGCGACGUAUAUCCAUACGUUCUGUUGACAUGUCUAUAACAAGCCUUGCACUGGCAAGGGAUCGGCAUGUCCCGGGCCCCGGCAGUUUAAAACCCGGUGCGGCUGACUGUGGCUUGAAUUUGCC